ACAUGAUGAAUGGAUGGAUACACUUUCUCCGCCCGGCGGCAUUGCUAGCUCGUCAAUCGCUCACUCUCGAAUUGUUUCGACACCACUCAAGUCUCAUCUGUCUUCUACCCAAGCAGCCAAUGCGUCUGCCACUCUUGACCAUUCUGCUUUCGCUGGCGUUGCUCUCUUCGGUCACGGACGCAGCCGAGUGUACCGACUCGGAGGCGGCCUUCGCCGAUAUGCUCUGGGAAGGUGCUGCGGAGACGUCAGCCUGCAAGGAAUACGUAGUGUCAACAGAUCCUGUCUCCAUAGACGCCCCGUGCAGUGACACUGAUUGCUUGGCCGUUGUGGAGGCUGUGGCCGAGGGCCUACCCUCUUGCACGUUCGAUGGAGUCAGCAACAAGAUUGAGUUGCAAAACGCACUCACGGUCUGUAACGGCGGAGAUAUUGAAGACGCUGGAUCUCCCACGUUUGUGACGGAACCACCAACGACUUCAACAACUUCUCCAUCGACGUCGUUGUCCACUACGGACUGCACGCUUGAUCAGGAGUACAGCACAGAAGAUCUGUACGAUGAAGCCGCCGCCACCUCUGCGUGCUCACCGUACUCGUCCUCCUCGUCGCUCCUAGUAACCUUCGACACUCCGUGCUCGGCAACAGACUGCAUCGAUGUUAUGGUGCAGCUCGCGGCUGAUCUACCUGAUUGUCUGUACGACGGCUCAAACCAGAAGACGGAGCUGACAGACAAUCUCGGCGUUUGUUUGGAUGAUGCUGAAGCCGCGGUAGAUUCCGCCACACCGACAGCAACGUCAAGCGAUGAUACAACAUCGUCGUCACCUACGCCGGCAUCAACAGCUUCUGACGAGAGCUGUAGCCCCUCAGAGGUCAAUGAUAUGUGGGAAUUGUACAUUUAUGCUGCUACAAGCGACGAAUGUGUCAGCGACUCUACUGUCAAUGGCUACAGCGUCUUCAUAUUCACGUCAUGCGACUCGGAAUGUGUGGACACGAUCAAGUACCUGGCUGAAACGCUACCCAAUUGUUACUAUAACUACGAUUAUAUCAACAAGAAGCAAGAAGUGCUCGAGGGGCUUAUUGACUGCGAGGAGUCCUUCACCAACAAUCUCAACGUCUGGAUCGAGUCGGAGAGUUCGAGGCCGUUAGCGUCAUCCACGUCCUCGACCAAUUCGGAGAGUCCGACUAACUCCCCUGCACCCACAUCGUCGAACACGCCCGGGUUUGAUACACAAGUGUCGGAGAAUUCGACCGAGACGACCCAGGAUCCAACUGUUGGCAGUUGGGGUAAUGAUGCGGCGCCACCGAUGACCUCUGCUCGCAUUUAUCAAGCAUGGUCUUUCCUCAGUCUUCUAAUUGCGUUCAUCCCAGCUUUCUAA